CGGGGUCCUGCGCUGCGGCGGGCGGGCGGAUCGGUGUCUCCUUCAGUUCGCCCUCCAGUGCCACAGCGGCUGCAGCAGCGCGGCCUCCUCCCGGCCAGACCCGCUCCGCACGGCCCCGCCGCCCGCCCGCGCUCGCACAGCUCCAAUGGCGAUUCCUCCAUCGUAUGUAGACCUUGGCAAAUCUGCCAGAGAUAUCUUCAACAAAGGAUAUGGUUUUGGAUUGGUGAAACUGGAUGUGAAAACAAAAUCUGCAAGCGGAGUGGAAUUCACAACAUCUGGUUCAUCGAACACAGACACUGGGAAAGUGAAUGGGAGCUUGGAGACCAAAUACAAGUGGGCUGAGUAUGGGCUGACUUUCACAGAAAAAUGGAACACAGAUAACACCCUUGGAACGGAAAUUGCAAUUGAAGAUCAGAUUGCCAAAGGCUUGAAGUUGACAUUUGAUACAACUUUCUCACCAAACACAGGGAAGAAAAGUGGUAAAAUUAAGUCAGCUUAUAAACGUGAAUGCCUAAACCUAGGUUGUGAUGUUGACUUCGAUUUUGCUGGCCCUGCAAUCCAUGGUUCAGCUGUCUUUGGUUAUGAAGGGUGGCUCGCUGGUUAUCAGAUGACUUUUGAUAGUGCCAAAUCAAAAUUGACAAGAAAUAACUUCUCUGUGGGUUACAAGACUGGAGACUUCCAGCUCCACACUAAUGUCAAUGAUGGUUCAGAAUUUGGUGGGUCAAUUUACCAGAAAGUGAGUGACAAUCUUGAAACUGCUGUAAACCUGGCUUGGACAGCAGGCAGCAACAGCACUCGCUUCGGCAUUGCGGCCAAGUACAAGCUGGAUUCCACUGCCUCUAUCUCUGCAAAAGUGAACAAUUCUAGUCUAGUUGGAGUGGGUUACACCCAGACCCUGAGGCCAGGUGUGAAGCUUACACUGUCUGCCCUGAUAGAUGGAAAGAGCAUCAAUGCUGGUGGCCAUAAACUUGGUCUUGGCCUGGAAUUGGAGGCUUAAAAGGACGAAGAACUAAACUGCUGCAGAGAAGGGAUAUCAGAAGAAUUUGGCCUUAAAACGUAUUUCCAAUGUGACCAGCAGGCUUUUUUUUUUUUUCCCAAGAAGGAUGACCUAGAACAAGAGCUGUAUUUGAAGUAUUUAGACAGUUACUUGUUAGCUGGUUUCUAGUUCAAUUGGUUACCCAUCUAGUUAAAAUUCUGCAUUAGUGCAGCCACUGAAACAUUAUUUAAAUGUAUUUAACUGUUCGAUGCGCUACCCACAAAUAAUGAAAUAGACAUCUAUGACAACUGUACAAUUGUGUGCAUGUUUGUUUUUAUGUUCCUUUUAACAUUCAGUCUUGCCAUUGAAUGAAAAAUGGAUCAGUGGAUGUUCUGAAACGAGGUCAAUGAUUUUGUUAAAUCACCUGAAGCAGACAAAUAUUUGGUAUCCCAAGACAAAUGAUGAAUAAAACAAGUACACACACAUA